AUGCAAAAAAUGAAUCCAGCGCAGAGAGUGAAAAUAUUGCCGUCGCAUACGGACUUAUGCUCUUUUGCAAUUACAGAAGAAAAAAAAGUAAUAGUGCCAGUUCUAGUGAACGGGUACACCCUGUUUCAGGACUCAAGCAACAAUAGGCUUGUGAUUGGUAUAAUAAUCCAGAAUGAAAAAGAGCUAAAGGAUGUGACGUGCUCAAUCCUUGGGUACAGUAGCACGGCCACUUGCAUGGAUGCAAUGGACAUUCCUGCCGACACACAGAAGGAGAUUGAGCAAAUGUAUAGGGAAAAUUCAAGCAGUGAGUCAAGCGAGUCAAACUGGCACAUAGUUAUGAAAUAUCUUAAAAACGUGCUGACUAGUGAAAAUGUAUAG